AGCACACUUUGCACCAUCAAGUCACAACACCAACUAACCAAAGACACUCACCUAAAAGCUAUCUUUAAUGCACUUAUGUUUGUCCAUUUGUUUUACAACAAAAAAAAAGUAGAAAUGCAUGCGUAAGGCAAACGGAAAAUGCCAAUCGGAGGAUUAGCUCUUGACGUUCCCGGCUCCGGCGGCAAUAUAAACGCCAAGAUCACAACAGCAGUUGUCAUAACAUGCGUUGUGGCUGCCUCAAGCGGUCUCAUCUUUGGCUACGACAUUGGAAUCUCAGGGGGUGUGACGACGAUGGAGCCGUUUCUUGAGAAAUUUUUUCCAUCGGUUCUUGCAAAAGCUUCAGAAGCUAAGACAAAUGUGUACUGCGUCUAUGAUAGCCAACUUCUAACGGCUUUCACAUCAAGUCUUUAUGUUGCUGGCUUAGUCGCUUCCUUAGUGGCUAGCCGUCUCACGGCGGCUUACGGUCGCCGCACCACCAUAAUUCUUGGCGGUUUCACUUUUUUCUUUGGUGCCGUCAUCAAUGGCUUUGCUGCCAAUAUCGCCAUGCUCAUCUCCGGUCGGAUAUUGCUCGGAUUUGGUGUUGGCUUCACUAACCAAGCGGCUCCGGUGUAUCUAUCGGAGGUAGCACCACCGCAAUGGCGUGGAGCUUUCAACUCCGGUUUUAAUUUCUUCAUCGGAUUCGGAGUUGUAGCAGCCAAUCUAAUCAACUACGCCACGGCCAACCACCGCAACGGCUGGCGUAUCUCACUAGGCCUUGCAGCUGUACCAGCGGCGAUCAUGACCGUCGGAUGUCUCCUCAUCUCCGACACACCGUCUAGUCUCUUGGCGCGUGGGAAACACGAUCAAGCUCGUGCAUCCCUGUUUAAUCUACGUGGCACCGAGAACAGAGCUGACGUGGAAGCCGAGCUAGCAGAGCUGGUGAAGUCGAGCCAGUUAGCUUUAGAAGCUAGAGCUGAGCCGUUUAGGACGAUAUUGGAAAGACGGUACAGGCCUCAGCUUGUGGUUGCUGUGGCGAUACCUUUUUUUCAACAGUUAACCGGGAUUACGGUUAAUGCGUUCUACGCUCCGGUUCUCUUUCAAUCGGUUGGGUUUGGUUCUGGUCCUGCUCUUAUUGCGACGUUAAUACUUGGGUUGGUUAAUCUCGGUUCGAUUCUUGUUUCAACCAUGGUUAUUGACCGGUUUGGUAGACGGUUCUUGUUCAUUGCUGGUGGUAUUCAGAUGUUUGUCUGCCAGAUCAUUAUUAGGAAGCUCAAUUUUCUCUCCAUCAAACAUGUCAAAAACUUCGACAUGGAUCUAAGAGUCACCAAAUCCUUCGCCAGCACCAGAAUCUCUCUGUCCCUCUGUAUCCCCAACGACAAGAUUCCGACUCUAGCCUCCAAUGACUCCGAAGCCGAAUCAAUCAUCAGGAAACUCAUUUUACCUUACCACAAAAACACGAUCACGCCAUCGGAAACAAAGUCUCCUUGCUGCCGCAAUUCUCCAAACAUAAAAUUGAGCUUAGUUCCCUCUUAAUUGCAGCCUCUGAAUGCUCCGACAAUGGAACUCCAUGAAGAAGAAUAAUUUUCUAACCCUAAUUCUAUUUUGGUAGUUUAAUUUACCCCUAAUUGAAUAUGCCAUUGUUUUGUUUUUUUUUUUGAAUUUAGACAGACAUACCAAUAAUAAAUAAAUAAAUUUGUAAGAAAAAUGAAUAUGUAUCACGGUUCAACUGGUUUGCAUGUUUAGGUUCGAGUCCAGAAAGAGGAAAAAUUUAGAAUUUUUUUUUACAAAAACGACGUCGUUCAUCAUGCCUCGUCAACAUUUUUUAACAAUUGACUAACAUAAAAGUUAGUCAAGGUAGAUUUUGACAUAGACAUUAGAGUUCAGGUAGGAAAUUUGAAAUUUUAUGAAAUUAAAAUAGUUAUUGGCACCGUAUUUUAGUUCGAAUUUUUUCAGCACACCAAAUUUAGUUUGGGUUGGUGUUGACCAACAAUACUUUGAGUCUUUGCACAUGACAUCAUGACCUGUUUAUAGCAGAUUUAUAGAACAAACAAAUGUUUUGCUUUAAUUGUAGUCUUUUUUUUUUAUAUCUUUUAAUUGUAGUCUCUUAAAACAUGGCCACAUAUAGUUUUUUUGGUCAGAGCUAGAGUUAAAUAAGAAAAAAAUCUUAAAAAGUCUAAGUUAAAACAUAAUUUAAUUCUUUCAACAAUUUACUAUUUGUUAUUUUCGGGUUUGAGAUUUAGUUUUGAUGAUUUCUUUUUUUCUUUUUCCUUGGAGUUAAAGUUCAAUUUUUAUUUUUUACUUUUAAAGAUUUAUAGUUCAAUUUUAAAAUUCGUGUUUUAAAUUUUAGCU